AUGUUUGUUGAUCAUAAUAGACUUAAAUAGUUGUUAUAUCACUAUUUUUAAGAUAGAAAAUAUCUUGAUAGUAAUUAAACCAAAAGAUAAAAUAGCUAAUUUUAAAGAUAAAGAAACUUAAGUGCAUAUUUUGUUUCAAAUUAGAUAUAAUGA